AUCUCAGCUUGGAUAGAGGAGCAACAGAUGGGAGCGUUUCUAAGUGUGUCUAGAGGCUCAGAGGAGCCCCCUGUCUUCCUGGAGCUACAUUACAACGGUUCUCCUGACAGCACGCAGGCCCCGCUGCUCUUAGUGGGAGGGCAUCACUUUGACAGUGGAGGUAUUUCUCUGAAGCCGUCUCCUUCCAUGGAUGCAAUGAGAGCUGAUAUGGGAGGAGCUGCCACUGUGUGUGCAUCUAUCGUCACAGCAGCAGCUCUGAAACUACCAAUCAACAUUAUUGGUCUGGCUCCUCUGUGUGAGAACAUGCCCAGUGGAAAAGCUACUAAACCAGGUGAUGUUGUCACUGCCAGAAAUGGAAAAACAAUCCAGGUUGAUAAUACAGAUGCAGAGGGCCGACUGGUUCUUGCUGACGCACUGUGCUACGGGCACACCUUCAACCCCAGAGCCAUCGUCAAUGUUGCUACGCUAACAGGUGCGAUGGAUGUAGCUCUUGGCUCAGCAGCAACUGGAGUGUUUACAAACUCUGACUGGCUCUGGGAGCAGCUGCACAAGGCUAGUGUUGUGACAGGUGACAGAGUGUGGCGGAUGCCUCUGUUCCAGCACUACACCAGACAGGUGACUGACAGCCAGCUGGCUGACCUCAACAACAUCGGCAAGUACAGCCGUUCUGGCGGUGCAUGCACAGCAGCUGCAUUCCUGAGAGAGUUUGUCACCGCUCCUCAUUCCCAUCUGGACAUCGCAGGUGUGAUGAGUAACAAAGAUGAAGUUCCCUACCUGAGAAAAGGCAUGUCAGGAAGACCAACACGUACGCUGGUGGAGUUUGCUGCAGGACUGGCCCACAAUGGCUGAGAGAUUGAUGCAAAAAUCUGAUUGAACACAAGACCAACUGUGAGCUUCUUCCCUGGCAAGAUUCAAAAGUGAUCUCUGAGCAAUGGCCAAGUUUUGCAGUCUGUGCACAAAUGAACAGUAUCCUAACCAUGGAAGAGCACUGAACAUGUGGCAGGGAUUCAUGGCUGUAUUUUUUUCAAAAGAAAAUCUGAAGGCUUUGAUUUUUAAAUACUGCUAUUGCAUCAAUGCACAGUAAGAGGGCCUCAAUGUAAAGCAGGUUGUGUCUCCGCACACUGUUCAGAUUUCAGCUAAAAACACCUGAAGCUCUGUAGUAACUACAUAGCUCACAUAAUUUACAUGUUGUUUAAAAUAAAGUCUACAAUUAGUUAUGUGUGUGAAA